AUGGAGUUGCUUUUGCCGAAUCCUAAAAAUUCAUCAUCUCUUACAACAUUAGGCUUUUUGGAAAGAGCUGCCAAUGUGAACAAUGAUUGCCAUUCUGUUGUUUACAAUGGCACAUGGUCUCAAACCUACCAUCAAUGUCUCCAGGUGGCUUCAUCAUUAUCGUCCACGGGCGUCGAGAGGGGCCAAGUUGUGUCUGUUGUGCCUCCGAACGUUCCUUCCAUGUAUGAGCAUCAGUUUGUUGUCCACUAUCCUGUACUGUUCUUAACAUUUAACAACAUCAACACUCGCCUUGACGGUCACACAUUAUCCAUACUCCUGAUUGACAACGAAUCAAAGGUCGUUUUUGUUGAUCAUCUCUUGAAUCCUCUUGUUCUUGAAACUCUAUCUUUGCUCCCACGUAACACCAAAGCACGACAACUUAUCCUGAUUGACGACGACGUAGUCUCAAUGACUCAAACUUCCCUUACGGUUGAUUUUAUCAACACGUACGAUGGGAUAAUCGAAGAAGAUGACACAAGGCCAAAGUUCAAGUGGGUCCAACCAAAAAAUGAUUGGGGUCUAAUGGUUUUAAAUUACACAUCCAGUACUACAUGA